AUGGCUCGUGCAAUUGGCAAAAUGUCCUGGGAAAAAUACGCUCUACGCCCAGUCCAAAACGCACCCCCGGCCACACUUCCCGCCUUCAUCUACGGUACGGCCUGGAAGAAAGACCGCACGGCGGAUCUAGUCCAUCAGGCCCUGCAAGCUGGGUUCCGUGCGGUGGAUACGGCUGCCCAACCGAAGCAUUACCGGGAGGAUUUGGUGGGAGAAGGCAUCCGUAGAGCUAUUCAGGACGGCUCAGUCCGACGAGAGGACCUGCACAUUCAAACCAAGUUUACUUCGGUGCAGGGACAGGAUCCCGAUAAUAUGCCAUAUGAUCCUAGAGCUUCGGUGACGGAGCAGGUGCAUGCGUCUAUCAAGUCCUCGCUGCAUAAUCUUCGUCCGUCAGCGAGACCGGAGGGCACGGACGAUGCGUACAUUGACAUGCUCGUUUUGCAUUCUCCCCUGUCGACGUUGGCGCAAACUGUUGAGACCUGGAAGGCGUUCGAAUCCUACGUCCCCCAUCGCAUCCGCAAUCUAGGUAUCUCAAACUGUACCUUACCCGUGCUCAAAGAACUUUCGUCCCAGGUCAACGUACCACCAGCAGUUGUGCAGAACCGGUUCUACAGCAUGACGGGAUUCGACGUCCCGUUGCGCGCGUUCUGUCGGGAAAAUGACAUCCUCUAUCAGAGUUUCUGGACUCUAACCGCCAAUCCGGAACUCGCUCGCAGCAACCCCGUCCAGCAACUUGCCUUGCAGGCCAAGAUCAGCCCGGCUGCCGCUUUGUACUGUCUGGUUCUGGGUCUAGGGAAGACCACGCUGCUGAACGGGACGACGAACAAGGAUCGCAUGGCUGAGGAUCUGGUUGCACCGCAGCAGGUCGAGAGGUUCAUCGAGGAACAGCCUGCCCUGUGGUCCAAGAUCAUUGAAGGCUUCCAGGCGCUGGUUGGAGACUCUUCGUGA